UUACUGUAAGUCAGUCAAGACAUAAAAAUUGUAGCAUUAUUUCAAUAAUUCAGUUCACUUCGCAACUGUUCGCAACGUUUGUUGUCGAGUAUAUUCUUUAAUUUCAUUGAAUCUUUAAAUACACACAUUCAUUUAAAAUGUCCUAUCAAUUGUACAGAAACACAACUUUAGGGCAUACUCUUCAAGAGAGCUUAGACGAAUUAAUACAAUAUGGCCAAAUUACUCCACAGCUGGCAUGCAAAGUAUUGCUGCAAUUCGAUAAAUCCAUUAAUCAGACAUUGGCCACAAGAGUUAGAUCCAGGCUGACAUUCAAAGCAGGAAAAUUAAACACCUACCGAUUCUGUGACAAUGUAUGGACCUUCAUGUUAAAUGAUGUUGAAUUCCGAGAAGUACAAGAGAUCAUCAAAAUUGAUAAAGUUAAGAUUGUAGCAUGUGAUGGCAAAAAUGUUGAAGGAGAAGGCCCUUCGAAGAAGUGAAUAUGUAUGUACACUAAAUUAGAUAUUGUUAUUUACCAUCCACUUGGGUUGUGUUUAUUUUGUAUGUAUUUUACUUUUUAAAAGGUUGUGUGAUGUAAUAUAUAAAUUUAAUCACUU